UAACCAGAGGGCCUAACCCCGGUUCGCCUUACCACCCGGGGUCCCCGUCGGAUCGCGCCGCGCGUCCGCAUCCGACGGCCGGGCCGCCCCCCGCCAUGGAUUUCCGACCUCGGAGCUCGGCUAUUUAACCGCACCGGGUCUCCACUCCCCAGAUCACGCAGCCAUCGGAUUUCUUUCUUCUUCCCCACCCAAACAAACCCUCGCUCGAUCGCAGCCAUGGCCAACCCGCGCGUGUUCUUCGACAUGACCAUCGGCGGCGCCCCCGCGGGGCGCAUCGUGAUGGAGCUGUACGCGAACGAGGUGCCCCGCACGGCGGAGAACUUUCGCGCGCUGUGCACGGGCGAGAAGGGCGUGGGCAAGAAGGGGAAGCCGCUCCACUACAAGGGCUCCGUCUUCCACCGCGUCAUCCCCGACUUCAUGUGCCAGGGCGGCGACUUCACCGACGGCAACGGCACCGGCGGCGAGUCCAUCUACGGCGCCAAGUUCGCCGACGAGAAGUUCGUGCGCAAGCACACGGGCCCCGGGGUGCUCUCCAUGGCCAACGCCGGGCCCAACACCAACGGCUCCCAGUUCUUCGUCUGCACCGUGCCCUGCCCCUGGCUCGACGGCAAGCACGUCGUCUUCGGCCAGGUCGUCGAGGGGCUCGACGUCGUCAAGGCCAUCGAGAAGGUCGGCUCCCGCAGCGGCUCCACCGCCAAGGUGGUCAAGAUCGCCGACUGCGGCCAGAUCCCCUAGAUGGAUCUGCUCCCUCCCUCCAUCCGCCGCCGUCCGUCGUCCCCUUCCGCGCUGAAUAAGAUGACGGUGAUCUGAGAGGUGCUUCUUCUUCUGAAUUGAGUCGUGUCGUGUCGUCCUUUGUCGUGUGCUGUGCUGGUGGUGUUCUAGGGUUUUAGGCGGUGGAUCUGCGAAUCCGAUGGGUGAUUGAUGGAUGGUGUCUCUGCUUGUUGUGGUAUGGUGAAUUGAUGAUGAUGAUGCUAUGAUGGGAACUCAAACCUGGCUCUGGUAGUGUCCAUUAAUUGCUAUGGAAUUUCUGCUUCUGCCA